AUGGCUUCAAGCAUUAACGACCCAAGUGUUGUUGGAGAGCUCACAAUCUGUGGUAUGGACCCGGCUCAUUACAAGGGAACUAUCGCAUGGGUACCUCUGAUAGCCGAAUAUUUGUGGCGGAUCCAAUUGGGACCGGUGUAUAUCAGAGGAAUGACGUUAACUACUGGUGGACAAGAAGCCAUUGUUGACACCGGCACUGAACUUAUUACUGCGCCAAUGAGCAUUGUGCAACAGAUCCAAACUGUAACGGGAGCCAAAGUAAAUUCACAAGGAGCAUAUGAAAUCGAAUGUAACAACAUCUCCACUUUGCCAGCAAUUGUAUUCACUCUUGACGGUCAAGACUUCAUUCUUGAAGGACAAGACUACGUCAUUCAGGUACUGACUAUAUGCUAA